GAGUAGCAAGGGGAGGAAAGCAGGGACAGGGGCAGGACAGGUAGCUCCUUCCUGGGAUGCCACAGAGCGGCAAGGAUUCCCUUCCUCAUUAAAAGGACUUUGAUGGCACAUGGAAUGAGCACUGUGGUGUCCUUUUCGGUUUUCACCCUCAAGAUGAAACCUGCCUGCAGUGAAGUGAGGAACCAACGGCUUUGAAGAGGAGAUUUCUUUUCCCCCCUUUAUAAAUUGCUCUUCAGGUCAUGAUCGCAUGAAGCCUCUACAGGUAGCUCCUUGUGCUUUCUUUAACAAGUUCUUUGAAUGACUGUGUCUGAGUCCGAAGCUGAAUUGCUCCAACAUAAGCAUUAAAAAAAAAACAAAACAACAACAACAACAAAAAAAAACAGUAGAAAUCUUCUACACACAGCCUCAACAACAUACUUGGACUUUCUUGGAUGGACCUACGGACUGUGUGUCUGUCACCUUGAGCCAGGUGAAUGCAGCUGUUCUCUAGAAGUCCUCUCGGCGGCAGAUGUGUGGCACACAUCUGCACCCAGGGUGUGUAGCAGAAGCCCACAGAAUGGGUCUCAAGAUAUUCGUGCCUUUUAGUCCUUGCAUCUGGUUGUUAUUGCUCGUGGCCCUUGUAGGCUCUGAGGCAUCUUCUGAUUUGAAUGAAUCUGCAAGUUCCCCUGCUCAGCAUGCACCUAAGGCUUGGUUUGCUGCUUCCAGCUCGGUGCCAGAUGAAAGGAUAUCUGUUUUCGAACUGGAUUAUGAUUAUGUGCAAAUUCCUUAUGAGGUCACCCUCUGGAUACUCCUAGCAUCUCUUGCAAAAAUAGGCUUCCAUCUUUACCACCGGCUGCCGGGCCUCAUGCCUGAAAGCUGCCUGCUCAUCCUCGUGGGGGCCCUGGUGGGCAGCAUCAUCUUCGGCACCGACCACAAGUCGCCCCCCGUCAUGGACUCCAGCAUCUACUUCCUCUAUCUCCUCCCGCCCAUCGUGCUGGAGAGCGGUUACUUCAUGCCCACGCGGCCCUUCUUCGAGAACAUCGGCUCCAUCCUGUGGUGGGCAGGCCUGGGGGCCCUGGUCAACGCCUUGGGCAUCGGCCUGUCGCUCUACCUGGUGUGCCAGGUCAGGGCCUUCGGCCUCAGCGACAUCAGCCUGCUGGAGAACCUGCUCUUUGGCAGCCUCAUCUCCGCGGUGGACCCCGUGGCCGUGCUGGCCGUGUUCGAGGAGGCGCGAGUGAACGAGCAACUCUACAUGAUCAUCUUCGGGGAGGCCCUUCUCAAUGAUGGCAUCAGCGUGGUCUUAUACAAUAUAUUAAUUGCCUUCACAAAGAUGCAUAAAUUUGAAGACAUAGAACCUGUCGACAUUUUGGCUGGAUGUGCCCGAUUCAUCAUUGUGGGGUGUGGGGGAGUAUUUUUUGGCAUCAUUUUUGGAUUUAUUUCUGCGUUUAUCACACGUUUCACUCAGAAUAUCUCUGCAAUCGAACCGCUCAUCGUCUUCAUGUUCAGCUAUCUGUCUUACUUAGCUGCAGAAACACUCUAUCUCUCUGGCAUCCUGGCAAUCACAGCCUGUGCCGUGACAAUGAAAAAGUAUGUGGAAGAAAAUGUGUCCCAGACGUCCUACACGACCAUCAAGUACUUCAUGAAGAUGCUGAGCAGUGUCAGCGAGACCUUGAUCUUCAUCUUCAUGGGCGUGUCCACCAUUGGGAAGAACCAUGAGUGGAACUGGGCCUUCAUCUGCUUCACUCUGGUUUUCUGCCAGAUCUGGAGAGCCAUCAGCGUAUUUGCCCUCUUCUAUGUCAGUAACCAGUUUCGGACUUUCCCCUUCUCCAUCAAGGACCAGUGCAUAAUUUUCUACAGUGGUGUUCGAGGAGCUGGAAGUUUUUCACUAGCAUUUCUGCUUCCUCUGUCUCUUUUUCCUAGGAAGAAAUUAUUUGUCACUGCUACACUGGUAGUUAUAUAUUUUACUGCAUUCAUUCAGGGCAUCACAAUUGGUCCUCUGGUCAGAUACCUGGAUGUCAGAAAGACCAAUAAAAAAGAAUCCAUCAAUGAAGAGCUUCAUACCCGUCUGAUGGAUCACUUGAAGGCUGGAAUUGAAGAUGUGUGUGGGCACUGGAGCCACUACCAAGUGAGAGACAAGUUCAAAAAGUUUGAUCAUAGAUAUUUACGGAAAAUCCUAAUCCGAAAGAACCAGCCAAAAUCAAGCAUCGUUUCUUUGUACAAGAAGCUGGAAAUGAAACAAGCUAUUGAGAUGGUAGAGACUGGGAUUCUGAGUUCUACAGCUUUUUCCAUAUCCAAUCAGGCCCAGAGGAUACAAGGAAUUAAAAGACUUUCCCCUGAAGAUGUGGAGUCCAUGAGGGACAUCCUGACUCGCAACAUGUACCAAGUUCGACAAAGGACCCCAUCCUACAACAAAUACAACCUCAAACCCCAAACAAGCGAGAAGCAGGCUAAAGAGAUUCUCAUCCGACGUCAGAACACCUUGAGAGAAAGCAUGAGGAAAGGUCACAGCCUGCCCUGGGCAAAGCCGGCUGGCACCAAAAACAUCCGCUACCUCUCGGUUCCCUACAGCAACCUGCAGCCACCAGAGAGGGACACAAGAGCUCCUGAGUCCUCAGAUGACCAUGGGAGUGGCUCAGAAUUCCCACCCAUCACUUUCAGCGCACCCUCUGGGACAGGGAUGCUCCAGGAAAGGCGACGGACACAAGAAAGGAUCCCGAUGAGGAAUUUACACAGAGGAGGGAGGGCAUUGCGCUUCGGUCACGAAGGGAACGGCAGCCAGGAAGAGCUCACGGGCAGAGGCAGGAGGGCAGUCUUAAGGCCCAGGCCUCUGUUCCACGCCGUCGAUGAGGAAUAUGAACCUGGAGAGGAGGCAGAGGGUCCGGCCUCAGCUGCUGGAUCCAGAUGGACAGCCGAGCCGGGACACAACCGGGGACACCACGAGUCCCAAAGUCCUUUGCUCCAAAGAAAAUAGUUCUACAGUUCCCAAGGUCACUUCUGUGAUGUUGAAGGCCAUCUUCCUUUUACUGUGAAGGGGUUUUCAGAUUUCAGAAGACAGCUAAUGAGUUUUUUUUUUUUUUUUUAAGCUCUUGGACCCAUGUCUAUAGGAAGCAGAAGAUUUUUUUUUAUAGGACUGGGCGCAAACCUGAAAGCUGAGCCACAUCUUUGGCCAAUGUCCGUUGCAGAUGAAUUUGUUGAGAGUGAUAGAAAUCCAUUACCCAGGAAUUGGUCUCUAAGAAUUUCCUAAGGACAUUCUAUCAAGACUACUUGAUCUAUGUUCUAUAUUGAGAUGUAAGUGUGAUUGGUCAGUAAUCUAAUUAACUAUAUGCAUGUGUAACUUAUAAUCAAAGUAGAACUAAGGGGGCUUUUGAAGCCACCUGGCUCAAUCCCUGAGUUUACAAAUAAGGACACCUUGACCAAGGUCCCAUAAUGAGCUGUCCUUUCUCCCAUGUGAAGGGAUUCUGUUUUGAUUUUGAUAUUCAAUAUACAAUAAUUACAUUUCAAAGGAGAGGUAAAAUUUGUUAUAAUGUUGAUGUACUUAUUCGGUAAUAGUGAUAGGUAUGAUAUGCACAUUAACCUUUGAAUAAUGGAUAUGUCUAUUUUAUAAUUAGAAUAUUGAUUUAAAACAAAGAUUAGAAACACAAUGGCUGCAAACAGUUUAAUAACAAUGACAUGAAUAACAGGUAUUUAUUAGGAAUACAUUGGUGGGGUGUGAUAUUUUGCUCUAGAGUUUGGAAUUGUUCUUCAAUUUAACUUGACCUUGACCUUGAUCUUGACCUUGAGUCUCUUACUUCAGCUCACCAAUUUUACCAGACUACUUUGUCUUUCCUCCUUGCUUCCUCUUCCUUUCUCCUUCCCUCUUUUCUGUUUGGCCACUUGUAUUUAGGAAGCACUUUAAAGUUUUUAAAUAAUGUGCCAAAUGACCAGUGUGUGACAGUCAACUCAAUAUCCUCCCACCAUUACUGUCUUUGCCAACUGAUUUAAUCCUACACAUCAGUAGGAUUAAAUGCUCCCAGAUCCCUAGACUUUCUUUGGGCCCAUAACCCCUAGGUGCCCUCUGUUCCUUUGUAUAUGUCAAUAGAAUAUACAUUAUCUGUGAAUUAUGUUUGUACAGAUACAUGAAUAAUACUUAUUAUGGUGGCCCAUGGCUCAGUGGUCAAGGGAGCAUAGUUUCUUCAUGUUAACUUUAUCCAUUUAUCAGUUGUGACUUCUAUUUCUUGGCGUUUUUUCUCUUACCAGUUAUGGGUGUCUCCAACAUGGUAGAUGACUACACGGGGUACUAAUGAUCACACUGCAGAACUGGGAAGGGUGUUAGAAAAGGUGUCCUCAAGCGAUCUUAUUUUCCAGAUGUGGAAAAUGAGACCCUGAGAUGUUACAUGUUGGCAGUUAAAGGUCUGCUUUCCCUAGAAAGGGAAAGGUCUUGUCGUCCAAGAUGACCUAUAGACACCUGUUCUCAACCAAGGACACAAGACAUCACCCCAGAUUUACUUUUGUGAGUGACUCCCCCAGAUUCCUGCUGCAGUGGUAGAAAUAGCAAUUAAGCCUGUUUGUCUUUCCUCUGAAUCUGAAAUAUAAUGCUGCUUCUCAGUUAUCAAAAUGUGCUGAUUUGAAUCAGAAAUGCACACUAUCAAAUGAUAGUAAUCAGUACAAAGGGAUAGAAGGACAAAUAAAACUCAGGGAUCUUUGUGCUUUUCUUUUUGUUUAAACAAACAAGCAAUCAAAGCAACAAGAAAAUUAAAAAAAAAAAAAAAAGCUUAUUCUUCAUGAGAUAACAACAGUGAGUCAAUAUCCUUAAACUACAGAUGGAGCUAGAGGCAGAGAAGAGUCAUCAGAUUCUCCUUUGCAAAGCUGCAUGUAGAAAACUGAUUCUUGGGAGGGGGAGAGCGUCUCUGUCCUCAUACUGGAUCCACUCAUGUAACAACAGAAAUUUAAGGGCCCAUUUCCCAGAGCAGCCAGUGGGGCCCAAGGAUUAGUGAAUGCAUCACACUCUCUUGAAUUUCUCUCAGAUAUAGGUGCCAUUAAGAAGAGGGGUGGUGGGAUGAAAGAGGAGAUUUAAUUGGUAAAAGCUUUUGGAAAAACUCCCUUUAGGAGCCAAGAAUCACCUUCCAUAGGCAGAAGGCAGACUGAGACUGAAGAAAAAGGCAGACCGUCCAGGCUGGUAGACAAAGACUUAGGGAGAAACUUACAUUUGGUAUAUAAGUAGUCUGGAGAGUAGCAAGAUAAGGAAGAUCUCUGCACAUGAAAUGCACACUUGCCUCGCUUUUAUUCUGUAGAAUAGUUCCUCCCUUGAUAAGGCAGACAGUGCCCAAUUCUAUACGGACUGUUUAGUUCUGUACAUAUAUAGAUAGGAUAGUUUAAUCUAUAAAAUAGGCCAAGUAAGAAAUGAACAAUAAUGAUAAAUAGAACAAUUAUAAUAAUGUAUUGUAAAAAAAAAUAGUUAUCCGAAACCUAUGAAUUGCUUAUUUCUGUAAUUUUCCACACAAUGUGUUUGGAGCACAGUUGAAUGCAGGUGCCUGAGACUCUGGAAUUGAGGGCAGGAAGACCACUGUACCAUGAAAGGUAAAAGUAAACGUGAAAAAGGAAAAAGUCAUCCAUGGUCACAUUCUUCAUCUGUUUACCUUCUACUUUAAGGGGUUGGCUGGGAUCCUGGCACCUGGCUAAUGUUCCUAAGGAGAAGUUGUUUGGGGCAGCAGCAGUUAUCUGGAUCCUCUGGUCACUGUAGGCUCUAAAUCAGCAAUCAAGUAACCAGACUACCUUUGAACAACAGAAACCACAAUGAGCUCUUUCCCUGAGGCCGUUUGUAUCUACAGCCUGGCUGGCUACCUCAACUGUCCCAUCCUGGGAAGUGGCUCUGAAGCUUCUGCAUCAAUCUAUGGGCCCCAGUGAUGCUGGUGGCUCUGUCAGGCUUGGAGACCUCAGGGGAAAAUGGCCUCCUUGUCUGGACAGUUCAUUAUUGUUUCAAAGUAGUUUGAUCUCAUCUCUCUCCACACUGCUAAUGACAGGUGCCCGAGGAAGGCGCUUGGUUUCACAGGAUGCAUUUUCCCAACAGAUCCAGGGCAGUGCAGCAAAAGGACUUCCCCUUGUGUGUUGAGGAAGGCCCGUUCUUAUUCCCUACUCACCUCAUGGAGGGAAUGAAAUUGCAUAAGGGUUCCCACCCUGGGCCUGGUUUCUUCCCCCACCCCACCCCCAUACAGUCCACAUUCCCUGCAAGGGGCUGCAAAAAUAUUGCCCUUUUAUUUCCAAUCUCGAAAGAUCAGGUGCACAACACCAAAAAUCAUGUCUCUCGAUGAGUUUUUGUUUGGUUUGGCUUGUAACUUUCCAAAACCUAUUCAUAUUGUUAGCCUGGAAGGCCUUGGGUUUCACUGGGUUCUAGAGUGGGGCAGAGUGCCAUUGCUUUUUGUUGAUCUUGUACAGCAGACUUCACCUUGAAGGUUUUCCACUUUUUCUGGUGUUAGGGAUCCAGUAACUGUUCUUAUUCAUCCUCCUCAGAUCUGAUGUGGUGCCUUGGGCACUCCUCCUGUCGCAGAUCCACCUGCUAAAGGAGAAACUUUGACCAUUGAAGGGAAUUUGCUGUGGCAGAGUGGAGGGUGAGAGUCCAGACGUGCUUCUGCACCUCUCUCCUGAAAGUGUCUACUUCAAAUCUGUCUUCUUAAGGGUCCUGAGAGCUAGGGAUGGAAUUACCACCUGAAUUCUGUGAUAAUGACCCUCCUCUAUGAAGCGACAACCAAGGCAGGUGCAUAGGAGGAGCUCAAGUCCUCAGUUGAGCUCCUUGGCUUCAGCCUACAGGGAAGUCCCAGAACACUUCUUUCCUACCUACUCAGGUACUUGCCGCCAUUGGGCAAAGCAAGUAUCAUCUCUAAGCUGAAAUGUGCCAGUUGAUAAAAUAAGGUAAUGAUUAUAUCUACCUCCUGGAAUGAUUAUGAAGAUUAAAUGAGAUGAUCUGUAAUUUUUUUUUAGAUUAGUGUUUAUUUCAAAGCAAGAGUUUGAUCACUUUGGUUAUAACUGUGUAAGCUAAAGAGCUAUUGAUUUCAUGGCAUGCGGAAUUGUACAUAGCCCAGGGCGGUGGCACGUACCUGUGUUUGGGGCAGCAGCAGUUAUCCCAGUGGCAUGGGAGGCUGAGGCAAGAGGAUUGCACAUUCAAGGUCAGCCUUGAAACUCUGCAAGACCCUGUUUCAAAAUUAAAAACAUUAAAAGUUAGGGAUGUGGCUCAGUGGGUAAGUGCCCCUAGUACCAAAAAAAAUCCCUAGUACCCCUCCACCCCCCAAAAAAGUAAAGAAGAGUUGUAAGUAACUGAAAUCUGAGAAAUAAUUUGAUUGAAAGAACAGAGGAUACUCAAGGGGACUAAGGGAAGAAUGUCACAGAAAAUAGAGAGCAAUGAAAAACAGGAACGCAACUUUAUCUGAACAUGUCUCACUCAGAACCCAUCAAUCAAGAGCAAAACCAGAGACAAGAUGUGAGUUCACAUUUUUCAAUCCAGCACAAUCUCAUCUCAUCUUGCUUAUUUUUGUGUCAUGACCUCAAAAUUAUUGCAUUUUCCUGUUUGGGGGACAGUUAUCCUGGGGUACAAUUCUAAUCUUGAUUUAUUUUCAAAAGACCAUGAAUUUAUAGGCCCUUCAUCCACGUAUCAUAUGGAUAGUCAGUGACUACAAGGGGAAUCUUCUCUUUGUUGGAAAAAAUCUUAAUGGGGUUUAAUUCCUUAGCUCAAAUUUCUUUUCUAUAAGAGAACUCCCCUCCAAAACAAGUGACUCUCUCAAUUUAAAAAUAUUGACUAGAGAGAUGAGUGCUUAAAUGUUUUCAAUAUAGAAAAAAAUAGUUUCUAGUAUACUUUAUAAUGCUCAGAAAUCAAGCAAAGUAAAUUCCUAAAGUCAGUGUGUUGGUGUUGUCUAAGUUUGAUGCAAAUAUAUUUUAUCCACAAAUAAACCAGUUGAUUUCUUGUAGUUUUUAAUUUGCUUUCCUGAGUAAACUCUGUCAAAUAUCUUAUUUCUAAAUCCUCCUGAGGAAACCCAGCAGUGCAUACAGACGGCUGCCAUUGAGGACACCAGUCACUGCUAACUGUUAAUGGGGCCAUAAGUCAAAGGGAAUAAAAGAGAUGCCUGAAAAAUGCUUGUCCCUCCUGUAAUUAGCAAGUGAUGUGCCCUUUCAUCUGUGCACAGUAAUUGGCUUGAUACAUUCAUUUUCUUUCUGAGACUCUAAUGAGCUGCUAAGCCAGGGGUGCUCCAUCCAGUAAGUAUGGCUGGUUAGAAAUCAAACUUUCCUUUUGCCUUUUCCAUAACCUUUUUCAAGUUAGCAUUUAUUCCACAAAGUAACUAAGACCUUGUAACUAAACCAAGAGGGUCCACACUGCCCAUUUCCAGACACAGACAUGCAGAUCUUAAAUCGGGAUAAUGGUCCUAAAGCCAAGGUGUUCACUAAGACACACUUUGAAAUAAGUCUUGAAUAAGAUAGUCAUAGCCAACACAUUUUAAGUCCUUUCUAAUGCCAGCCACUAUUCAAAAUGCUUUAUACUUGAAAAUGCCAGAAUCGCCACAUCUUAAAAGACAGGAGACAGAUUGGGAAGGUGGGGUGUUAAGGAACAAGUGCAAUAUCUCUCUGUUCCCAGGAAGACCUUGGACACCAGAUCUGUCUUGGUGGACACCUUCCAACCUGCACCUCUUCCCUGAGUAGAACUGGGAAUUUAAUAAGUGACUUGGUUCCACAUGGUGAGAGCAUUCUUACUUGUGAGUUCUUCUUCUCCAGUAGGAAGAAACAGGCAAGCUCCAUUGUGCUCAAAGAGAACUUUGCCUUAAAAGGAAUAAAUUAAUACUAUGAAUGCUGUCAUUCUGAAAACCUGAAAAUAUGGCUUAUUAGAUCAUGAGCAAGAUUGACAUUGUGAGUCAUUAAAUUUUUUUUUGAGAACCCAUCAAA